CUUUAGACAUGAAUUGCAAGUAUUUAUUAAUUUAUCUAAAUUUUGUGGACUCAUAUUUUACAUAGUAUAUGUCGUACUUAACAUAUUUUUAGUUCUUUUACGAUAUGCGUAAAAAACUUUAGCUUUUACGCUUUAAUUCUACGCUUUACGUUUUUACCCCUUUUCCGCUUCAAGGUAGAAUUGCGCUUUUGACAGCUUUGAUCAUAAUAAUCUAAAUGAAGUUUUAUUAACAAAAAUAUAAUACGAAAAUUACGUUCAGUGGAACGUGAUAAAAGUCAUACAAUUAAACUAUCAAAGUUAGAACGAACUACGUGGACUUUGAUCCCGUCUUACGGGUACGUAGGCAACCGAUAAGGUUCGAGUCCAACUAAUCAACUAACUUUAUCUUUAAAUUUUUACGUCAGUGGGCGUAUAAUUAAAUUACAACUAAUACGAUUAAAUCAUUAAAUGGUCCAGUGGGACCCCAAAAAUACAAAAUCAUUACUAAAAUACACCCAACUCGCAUAAAAACUUAUCGACUUAAGUAGUACCGAUUUAGGGCGUUGUGUGGGUGUUGCUUAACUUCCCCACACGUAGCCGUACUCCUGAACCCAUAUCUCUUAACCGCAGACCAUAUCACGGUUCUGACCCUAAGGUUAGAGCCGACCGAAGAGUGUUCGAUCCACUCCAAGUAAGAUCGAUGGUGACUCCAAAAAUGCCGAUGCGACGACAUACGGACCCCCGGAGGGAAGGUUGCGACAGUUGGCGACUCCGCUGGGGACUUUGAGAGUCGAGCUACAUAACUAAGUUCGAUAAGUUUUCUAAUUUUCUAUUACGUGUUGGGUGUUUACUUUACUAUUUGCGCAAUUAUAUUUCACAAUUGACUUCUACAUUCAUGCAUGAAAGCUCUAUACCCGAGCUAUCCUAUUAGAAACGGAAAAGGAGUACAGUGACUUUCACAAAAGUGGAAACCACGCAAAACUUUCCAACCAAGUUGAACUCAUAUCCGAGGUUGAUCUUUAGGUAUCCAGCCAGUUCGUAAGGGGCUAUGGCAGGAUACAGCUUGGGAGCAAGAUCCCUAGGAAUUCCCCCUGCCAGCAUAUAGUAAGCAUAGAGACCUCCCUAAGCCGUCCAAAACAAUCCCCAAAGCCACCCUGAAACCAUGUCGGUACGCCAUCCGAAAGCCCUAGGUCUACCAAAUAGGGUAAUGAUGUAAUGAUAUAUGUUUGCUUAUCUAAAUGUAUGUUUACUUACGACGUAAUGAUAUGCGUUUUAUCUUUUACUCGUAAAACAGUGUGAUUGCAUGAAUGAAAAACGUUUUCAAAAUUCAUAAACAUCAUUCUCUCAUAAGAUUUUCAUUCACUCAUUAACAACUUAACAUAAGAAGAUUAAAAAGGCAUGCAUAAAACGAAAAAUGAAUUUGAAUUCAUACAUCAUUAACAUUUUGCAUAAGCAUCACGCAUACACCAUCAUAAAAAGAACGAAAUAAUUUAACAAUAUUGAGACGGUCCAGGUUUCCUUAAAAUUGCUCGUCCAGAAGCAAGAAGUAAAUACUUCAAGUACUUAACUAGAUCCAAGUUCGAGUUCGUCAUGGAGGCAUUCCAGAAGAAGUUAAGCGACAUUGAAGGAAAGAUAACCGGAUUUGAUGAAAAGCUAGCCGGGUUUGAUGAAAUGAAGGAUCACCUGAACAUGAUAGUAAAGAUCUUAUCAGCUAAAGGGAAAGGGGUAGUAUCUAACAAUGAAGAAAUACACUCUGAUGAAGAAGAUCGCGAUGGGAACCUGAAGGGUGAAGCUUCUAGUGCCAAGAUCCCCGUCAUACCCUCAAAAGACGUAUAUGACAAGAAGAACAUGGGAUCUCCAAUACAUGAUCGAGAGGAAGACAAAUUGGAAGGAGCCAUGGACGACACGCUAUUAAAAGAAAAAUGGGAAUACCUGGACGAAAGGGUGAGAGCAAUUGAAGGGGUAGAAUCCUAUGGUUCUACUGAUGCCACACAGUUGUGCCUAGUACCAGACGUGAUAAUUCCCCAUAAAUUUAAAAUGCAUGAGUUUGAGAAGUACGAUUGUACCACGUGUCCUACAAAUCAUCUGAUCAUGUAUUGCAACAAAAUGGCUAACCACGUCCGAGAUGACAAGCUCAUGAUACACUGUUUUCAAAAUAGUUUGAGUGGGCCAGCUGCAAGGUUGUACAUGCAACUUAAAAGGUCGAAGGUGAAAAGGUGGCAGGAUCUUGCCGAUGCAUUCAUGAAACACUACAAGCACAAUCAAGAUUUAGCCCCAGAUAGAGAAGAUUUACGCGCCAUGGAAAAGCAAGAGAAGGAAUCCUUUCGUGAGUAUGCACAGAGGUGGCGAGGAAAGGCCGCAGAUGUUCAACCCGCCUUGUCAGAAAAAGAAAUGGUUUCAACCUUCUUCGAAACAUUGAAGCCUCUAUAUUACAACAACAUGGUAGGAAUCACCACAACAAAUUUUGCAGAUUUGUUAGUAAUUGGAGAGAGAAUAGAGAAAGGGAUUAAGCAAGGCAAGAUGGAGAAUUCAGAAACCUCGAAGAACGCUAGUCAAUCUAAAAAAGAAGAGGGGGAUGUUCACUCAAACCAGGGGACACAUCAAAAGGGGGAUGUUCACAGAAACCUCCAGAUCCAUAAAUCCACAACAGUUUCCAAAAUCAAUCCUAGUCUAGCAAAAAUCACAAGCAGCGGCUGUGAUUAUAGAACUAAAAUAGGUUUCGUUGCAUUUUUAGCAUAAAAAUCAAAGUGAUUUACGGGUGAUGUCCAUGGUUCCCAGAUUCAUCCUAGAUCCAGAAUACGCAUAUAUAACCAUAUUUCCCAAAAAUCAACUUUCACCAUUUUCGAACCUAGGUCCACGGGUUCGUACGCGCUAAAUGGCUGGCACUUUGGGCAGUUGGGCUGCUGGCCCAUCAUGCGUUACCUUAACCAUCUUGUUUAAUUUUAUUUGUUUAAAGUUCUUAAUACGAAAUAUGAAAUGCGGAUUAAGUUAGUGUUGCUUCUUCUCUGGUACAUCAAAUUUAUUCUUAAUAAUUAAAAUUCUUGCAUUCAUCUUAGCAACAUCAUAAUCAAUGCAGUCAAAAUCA